AAAAAGAUCAACGACUUCGGUCGGUGUCCCCACCGCGGCUUUUCAGGAGAUAAUAGCUCGUCCUUCGUGUCAGACCUCCUCCUUGGACAUAUAAAUGACAUGCCUUGACUUCAGCCUCCUUGGGCCUCCCCUCCCUGUAGUCGUUUUCGGGGUCUUCGCGCACGUGCCGGGGGGAGCGUUGAAGUGAAAUAUCCAACCGUCUCUUUUGUCCCGUUGCUGCUGCGCGGGAACGAGAAGCGGGACGGCCGGCGCGCCUGCGCGCGCGCGCGCGAGCCCAGGGGCGCGAGAUGGGGAUAGAUUCCUCCCGCCUCUCCUCCCUCCCACCGGUGCCGAAGGUAGAACAGUCUGGCGCGCGCGCGAGUGGACAGUUGGAAGCGGGGAAGAACCGGGGUCGGUUUGCUUUUUUCCAGCAAAGCAGUUGGAAUCCUUGCUCUGCCGCUUGGUAACUCGGGGCAACGGAUCUGGUCCAAUCAGAGAGCAGCUGCCCUACUCCUGCAGUAACCCGGGAAAACGAUGCCUUUGGCUUCUCUCCAGCGCCCGGGAAGUGCGUGGAGAUGGAGAGGAAACUGAGGACAAACAAACAAACAAACCAAAAAAACCUACUCGACGUCGUCUCAGCUCCUGUUUUGCAUUCCUGACUUUGGUCUUCACGGUCCUUACAGGUCUUCCCUGGGCUUUCUCUCAGUCAGUUUCUAGACGUUUCCACUUUCCCUGCUUCCUCCGUCCGUCCCCCUUUUAAUCGGAUAUUAUCACAGCCUGCUUGGGUUAAGGCAAGGCAAACUUUUAGGUUAAUAUCUAUUUAAAAUUCUUCAUGGGGAAAAGAGCAUGUGAAUAAGAAAUGUUGCUUUCCAGUCAUCCUAUUUAAGAAAAUAGAAGAAAAUUUAUUUUCCAAAAAAGCUGUAGACGUUGUGGUAAAUCAUGAUAGGACGUUUCCACCUAGAGGUCCAGGUACCCCAAUACCUUUAACGAAGAGGCACUUGGUUACUUACGUUCCCAUUUUAUAAUUCCAGAAAAAUAGGGCUUAAGAUGAGACAUACGUUGUCAAUGGCUAAAGACUGAAUUGCACUUGUUUAUGUAUGUAUGUGUCUGUUAGCAUAAUUAUACACUAAAUGAGUGAUUUUUAACAUUUGUAAGCCUAGACUUCAAUUUCCAAGAUCUUAUAGAGUGUAAUUUUAGAGUAUCAAAUUUGAGUUCUUCGUAGUCUUGAGUAGACUUUGUAGUCUUAUAACUUGUCGUUAAGAUAAAAACAAUAAAGAUAUGUAAAUAUAUAAUACAUAAAAUUCUUUAUGAUACAUAACAAGGAAAUAGUUCUAAAAUUAAAUUUCAUAACUGACAUCAGAAGUCAUUAAUGCUACACUAAGUUCAUUAUACUAUUUCAUCUUUGAAGUAGUUAAUAGGAAUAAGUAUAAUUUACAGAAAAUAUAGAAUUUUUUUGGUAGACAUCUGCAGAAUUGCUAAUUUAUGUUUGCUAUUGGACUGGCUUUAUAUUUUGGCUGUCAUCGAGGUGAGAUUUUGUCAGUCUCUGUUGAAAGGUUUUCUUUCAGUUGGAAUUAAUAUUCAGUUGAAGUGAACUCAUAUAUUGCAAAUAGGAUUCUUGUAGGUGAAGUCAACUUUUUAUCAGCACAUAUUUGACCAUUAAGUAGUAUAACAGCUCCUUUGAGGUUUAGGACAGUCCUUUCAUUUCUGUUAUGGCUUAAUCUCUACAGUAGAGAAUUGGGCCGAGGAUUUCCUCUGCUUUCACAAAUUGGAUAGUGGACCUUAAACUAGGGUUCAUGAAAAUGGGACUGAAUGGGAAUAGGGAUUGGUUUAGAGAGCUUCAGAGAGGUCCUGUAACACUUCAUCCACCGGAUACAUCUCUUUCCUUUCUAAAGUAGAUCUUAAUCCUUUACAGUUUUUUUUUGUCUACCAUUUUUUCAGCUUUUUUGAUGUCCCCCUCCCCCCCUUAAACUCUCAAUACGGAUUAUAAUUGUGUCUCCUAGUUGCCUUUUCUGUUCUUUACUUCCUUCUUCACCUUUCCUCUCCAAAUAGGAGUUGGAUUGACUGUACGCUAGAUAAGUCAGAAUCUUGGAGAGAAUGUGAUAGUUUGUGCCAUGGGUCCGGAGAAGGAAAGCGUUUUCAAUAUACUAGUCGGUAUGGGAAUCGCCUCGGGUGAUUAUGGGGUUUAUAAGAGGGGUAAAGAAGGGAAGAGGCACUCCUGAAUGAGGGGAGCGUGGGGGGAAAUGCCUUAAAUCAGGAAUUUACAAUUAAUUGUAAAAGGGCAAACAUUGAGAAUAACUUUACAAAACUAUGAUUUUAAAUAUGUCUGACUAGAAGAGAGCUCUCCGAAGCGUCCCGAUCCCCCAGAACUGGAGGGCGAAACGAGAUCCUGCGAUGCUGGAGUAGGGGCCCCGGGGGGAAUGACCUCGGGCUCCACUUUCAAAGGUGGUGUGUUUCUUUAAACUGGUGCGAUGUGGCACCUCAGGACCCGCUUCUUGGCCCGCCAAACUCCUCUCCUCCUGCUGCUGCAGAAACGUCUCUGCGCCCAGUCGGGCCCCAAGCCCGCCACCCCUCCCGACCCUCCUUGGCGCCCCUCGCCGCGCCUCCGCCCCCAGACAAUGAGAAGGCGGCGGCUGAGGCGGGCAAAGCAAGCCAGUGCCUGGUUGCUCCGCAGCCGCGGUCCCGGCGCAGCCUCUUUCUGAGAGGAAGGGGGAAUCCCCUCCCGUGCUCGCGCGUCACUGUCUCCUCAGCCAAUGAGAUUUCAGAGAGAGGAAUUCCCGCUCCGGCGGCCGCUCCCGCCGUCUCUUUAAACCCAAACUUCGCAGCCUCGGGCAAAGCUCCUUUGGAGUCACUAUUGGCGCUGGGAAGACCUGGAUAGCUCCAGGGAAGGCUGGGGGCGUGUUUGGGUGAGAAAAGGGGCCAAGGUAAGAGCUGCCGGCUGGAGUGCAAAGUCUGCGUGGGGAUGGAGUGGAAACUGGAGCGCUUCGCUUCCCGGAGGGUCCGAACUGAUGAAGAGAUGUGGUGGGAGAAUACCAUGAAGCUGCUUGCAAAAGGUAUGAAACUGAACAGAAAUCAGGUUAGCAAGGCAUGGAAUCCAACCAGUACUUCCUAUUCCAACUUCAAAAGCAACAUCGAGAGGAGACCCACAGCUGAGAUGCCCGUUUUUAGUAGCCCCAUAGCCACGAGAGGGCAGCAGGCCUCCACUGAAGAUGGGGCAGCCCAUUCUUUCGAGGCGGACCAUUCUCUUAAUCUGGCUAAUGCUUCUGAAUCAGUGUUGGAGAGGACCCAGGAGGAGGUGACCAUGAUUCGUGGAUCCUCCAGCCAUCAGUUUUGGAAGACCCCUAUGAUAGCACGUUUAGAAAGAAAUGCUGCGGCUUUAAGUUGUUGGGAGACGCUGAACAUCGAGCAGAGAAGUUUACAGAAAAAUGUUGCUCAGAAGCAUCAGAAGUGGCUUAUCCCGCUGCCCAGAGUCUCAGAGGAGGCCCAGAAUGUCCCUGGGAAAAUGCAGAUCUGUGAGAGACCCAAGUGCCUUUGGAAAGGCUGCAGAGAUGGAAUUCGUAGAAAGGAGUCUGUGCAUCAUCAGAGUCUCAGUGAUAGGAAACAUCUUGGACUCCAGCCAGAGGUGAAGAUCCAUCUCGCUGGCCUCCGAGACGACUACUAUCUAAACAACCUGGACUGGAAUUCUGAAGAUUUUCUUGCUCUUGCUCUUGGGUCUACUGUACACAUUUGGAAUGGUGAAAGCCAUGAAGGGAUGGGCAGCAUAGACUUGAACCCCUGCCCCAACUAUAUCUCCUCAGUUUCCUGGAAAAAGGAAGGGACCUGCCUGGCCAUUGGCACCAGUGAGGGAGAAGUACAAUUAUGGGAUGUGGUGACUAAAAAGAGGCUGAGAAAUAUGCUUGGUCAUAUUUCAGUAGUUGGGUCUCUGAGCUGGAAUCAUUGUGUCCUCAGCAGUGGAUCAAGACUGGGCCAUAUUUAUCAUUAUGAUAUUCGAGUUGCUCAACAUCACAUUGGCACACUUCAACAUAAGCGCGCUGUAUGUGCUCUGAAGUGGUCCCCAAGUGGCAAGCUGCUUUCAAGUGGUUGUAUGGAUGGAGUAUUGAAUAUAUGGCCCUAUGAUCCUGGGGUGGCCAAAUCCUGCCAACCACUUAGAGUACUGCUUCACUCUACUGCUGUUAAGGCCAUAAACUGGUGUCCUUGGCGGUCUGAAGUCCUUGCUGUUGGAGGAGGCAGGAAAGAUGGGCAUUUACACAUCUGGGACAUGAACACCGGGGAAAGCAUCCGGACGCCAUGCACAAAUUCACAGAUUUGUUCCCUGAUCUGGUUACCGAAGACAAAAGAGAUCGCAUCUGGCCAUGGCAUUCCUAAACAUGAAGUGGCUCUAUGGAACUACCCCCUUCUGACCCAAUCGGGUGGAUUUUUCAGUCACAGAGGCAGAGUAUUGCACCUGGCCUUGAGUUCGGAUCAGAGCAAGAUCUUUUCGGUGGCAGCUGAUAGAACGGCCUAUGUGUGGAAAUGCUGUUAAUCUGGUCCAAAGAGAGGCCUUGAGGGAGCCUCUGCUUCCGGGGCUCAGGCUUGCUCACGUCUCUUAGAUUCUCCUGAAUGGCAGAAGCCCAGCCUGGGAGAACACUUUAGGUCACACAGAGAGGAGUGGCCUUUCGGGGUGCCUUCAUUUUCUCUCACACCCCCAGAAAGAAAAGACACAGGAAGGGAAGCCCAUACUUCCUUAGACACCCAACCGCUGCGGCAGGGCGUCUCUCUUGUGUUUGAAAUCCCUGGAAACUGUAUUCCAGUCCCUACAACAUGAUGCAGCCUUCAGCAUCUGAACGCCCUGGCGGGGAGCCUGCGAGCAAUCCUCACGUGGUACCCUCACCCCUGAGCAGGGACAACUGACACCAGCUGGGCCCCACUUGCUGAGAAGCUUUAAGGAGAGCUCUCUGUGCUAGGACCGUGUCCUAGGACCGAGGACGCGCUCCUCAAAGCAAUAUUAGCCUUGCUUCUGGGCAGACAUGCCUAUCCACUGCCCUGUGCUCCAUUCCCCUCGCGCGUGGCUCUCCAAAUUUCCCCCUUAGGACUCCUCUCCCCUCAGAUGUCCCCUGUAGGAUGGGCCCCUCCAGGGUAGAGACGGCUUCACUUCGACAUUUGUGUUCUCAGCAUAGUCGCCGGCACCUAGAACUCAAUAAAAACCUUUU